AUGGCGGAUCAGCCUCUCAACCCGCUCCAAAUGGCGCGGAUGGCCAUUCCGCGUCCUUCAUUCUUCCUCGUCGUCUUUCUCGGCUCGAUCAUUGUCCAAUUCAUGAUCAGUGGCGUUCGCAUCCAGACCACAGACACCUUCGAUGACUCUGCUCGCACUCUGCCUUCAUCAGUCCUUCUCGUCACAGCGCAUCCAGAUGAUGAAGCCAUGUUCUUCGCACCUUCCAUUCAAGCGCUCGCUGCAGCAGGUACUACCAUCUACGCCCUCUGCUUGUCCACUGGCAACGCCGCCGGUCUCGGUACUGAGCGCACCAGGGAGCUUUUUAACAGCUAUAACGUACUUGGAGUUCCCGCUGGCAAGGUCAAGUAUGUCGAUCAUCCGCUCCUUCAAGACUCAAUGGAAGCUGUCUGGCCCAACGACCACAUCGCGUCUCUCGUCAACAAGCACAUCAACACUCUUCCAUCCAUCGAAGCUUUGAUAACAUUCGACAAGCGAGGAGUCUCUGGACACACAAAUCACGUUGCAACAUACAAUGGCACGCGCAACCUUGCGCUCUCCCGCGAGCUUCCGCUCUAUGUGCUGCCUUCUUUGGAGAUAUGGGAAAAGUUCAACUCGGUGCCCUUUGCCGUUUGGGAGACUAUCACCUAUUCUGGUCGCCCACCUGCGUCGAAAGCGGCGAUCAGCGAGGAGAAGGGAUACGCUCCAGCCUCAGAGAUCCACGCUUUGGCGAGUCCAGCGCAGUACGCGAACGUGGUAAAGGCAAUGUGGAAGCAUCAAACGCAGCUAGUGUGGUUCAGGUAUCUGUAUUUACUGUUUAGCAGGUAUAUGUUCUCAAAUAGGCUGGUGCUCUGGACGCCCGAGCUCGAUCUCGUUGACCCGUAG